AUGUCCUUCGGCGGGCAAACGCCGACCAUCAUCGUCCUCAAGGAGGGUAGGCAGGAUGGAACACCUUGAAUACUCUUCGUAUACUGACGGGACACAGGAACGGAUCAGUCGCAGGGACGAGGACAGAUCAUCUCCAACAUCAACGCAUGUUUAGCAGUCCAAUCCACAAUCAAGAGCACGCUUGGUCCGUACGGAGGGGACCUCCUACUGGUUGACGAGAAUGGCAAGCAAACAAUCACAAACGACGGCGCGACUGUCAUGAAGCUCCUCGAUAUCGUACACCCCGCCGCGCGAAUCUUGACGGAUAUUGCGAGAUCACAAGAUGCAGAGGUUGGAGACGGCACAACUUCUGUAGUGGUGUUGGCGGGCGAGGUUCUGAAGGAGGUCAAAGAGCACGUGGAGCAGGGUGUGAGCAGUCAGGUCAUCAUCAAGGGUCUGCGGAGAGCGGGUGUGAUGGCCGUCAACAAGGUCAAAGAGAUUGCUGUGAACACGAGUGAGGGCAACCAGAGAGAGACGCUGCAGAAGUUGGCUGGGACGGCGAUGAGCAGCAAGCUCAUCCACCGGAAUGCCGGCUUCUUCACAAAGAGUAAGCAUUACAUCUGACAUCUUGAUUGGGGAUACUGACGGCAUGCAGUGGUUGUGGACGCCGUGCUGUCCCUCGACCAGGACGACCUCAACGAGAAGCUCAUCGGCAUCAAAAAGAUCACCGGUGGUGGUUUACAGGACUCGCUCUUCGUCAACGGCGUCGCCUUCAAGAAGACCUUCUCAUACGCCGGUUUCGAGCAACAACCGAAAUCGUUCAAGAACCCGAAGAUCGUCUGCUUGAAUGUCGAACUCGAGUUGAAGAGCGAGAAGGAUAAUGCGGAAGUCCGUGUGGAGCUGGUCUCGGAAUACCAGGCGAUUGUGGACGCAGAAUGGCGGAUCAUCUACGACAAGAUGGAGGCACUCUACAAGACUGGCGCAAAGGUUGUGCUAUCGAAACUUCCAAUCGGAGACCUGGCGACACAAUACUUCGCAGAUCGGGACAUCUUCUGUGCGGGACGUGUCGCAUCGGGGGAUAUGGAGCGCGUGUGCAGAGCGACGGGAGCGAGCAUCCAAUCCACAUGCUCUGACAUCCAAGCACACCACCUGGGAACCUGCGACAAGUUCGAGGAGCGCCAGGUCGGAGGCGAGCGCUUCAACUUCUUCGAGGGCUGUCCAGAAGCCAAGACCUGCACCCUGGUGCUGCGUGGUGGUGCCGAGCAGUUCAUAGCAGAGGUGGAGAGGAGUCUGCACGACGCCAUCAUGAUUGUCAAGCGGGCGAUCAAGAAUAACAGCAUCGUCGCGGGAGGCGGUGCGUGCGAGAUGGAGAUCUCGGCCUAUCUGCACAGCUUCGCGGACAAGAACGUGCCGCACAAGCAGCAGAGCAUCAUCAAGUCAUUCGCCAAAGCCCUAGAGGUGAUUCCGCGGCAACUCUGCGACAAUGCCGGUUUCGACGCAACAGACAUCCUCAACAGACUGCGGGUAGAGCAUCGGAAAGGCAACAAGUGGGCCGGUGUCGACUUCGAUCAUGAAGGUAUUCGGGAUAAUCUGGAAGCCUUUGUGUGGGAGCCUUCAUUGGUCAAGAUCAACGCCAUCCAAGCCGCGAUCGAGGCCAGCUGCUUGAUUCUGAGCGUGGACGAGACGAUCAAGAACCAAGAAUCGCAGCAACCGCAAGCGCCGACGCGAGGCUUACCUCCCGGUGCGGCACAGCGGGCGAUGAGAGGGCGUGGUCGUGGCAUGCCGAUGCGUGGAAGAUGA